AUGGCGUCGGCAUCCAACCAGCCCAUCCCGCCCGGUUCAGAGCUCAAUGCAGUCAAGCGCACCGCAGCGACCAUCUUGCCACCGAUUAAGCUCUACCGUCGUAUCAUCCGUGCCCACCGCAAGCUCGACGCCGACAUGCGUGCCGUAGGUGACAACUACGUCAAGGACGAAUUUCGCAGACACAAGGCCAUCGACAAUCCGCUCCAGAUCAUCGGCUUCCUCAGCUCGUGGAAGAUGUACCUCGAUCAGCUUGAGGUGCAGCAAGGCAAACCUGGUGGCUUCCGUGGCGAAAGGCUGGAUGCACAGCUGCUCGAAAAGAUGUCCGACGAGCAGAUCUACCAAAUCCACGAGCUCAUGACGGCAACUCAAGAGGCCUACUCGGACAAGGCGCAGGCACACCCGCCACAUCAGCAGAGGGAGAUGGCUGAGAAGGCGGCUGCCGAGGCCGGCAUGUCUGUCAAGAAGGAUGAAUAG